GCAUUAGUGGCAACAUGGCGGGCAUCGCACACAUAUGUUUGUUUCUUAUAAGCUUAGCUUUUAUUUUAGCACAGUCUGCUGAUGAUCCAACUAAAAGAUUUGAGUACAAGUACAGUUUUAAAGGUCCUUUCUUAGCACAAAAGGAUGGAACUGUUCCAUUUUGGGGACAUGGAGGACAUGCCAUAGCUAGUGAAGAUCAAGUCAGGAUUACACCAUCAAUUAGAAGCCAAAAAGGUUACAUGUGGACAAAUACACCGUUUCAGGCGGAUCACUGGGAGAUUGAAGUAACGAUAAGAAUAAAUGGUCGAGGCAGAAUCGGAGCAGAUGGGAUGGCAAUCUGGUUCACAGAACAGAAGGGAGUUGAAGGUCCUGUGUUUGGCAACAAUGAUCAGUGGCGAGGCCUCGGUGUGUUUAUGGAUUCAUUUGACAACGAUGGGCAGCACAACAAUCCAUAUGUACUGGCGAUGAUUAAUGACGGCACGAAGACGUACGAUCACCACUCGGAUGGCUUCUCACAGCAGCUCGGAGGCUGUCUGCGUGACUUUAGAAACAAGCCAUUCCCAACGAAACUCAAAGUCACCUACUACAAGAACACGCUGGUGGUGCUGUAUCACAACGGCCUGACGAACAAGCCGGACGACUACGAGCUGUGUCUGAGAGCCGACAACGUGCAGCUGCCGACGUCCGGCCACUUUGGCGUGUCGGCGGCGACGGGAGGUCUCGCGGACGACCACGACGUUCUCUCCUUCCUCACGUUCACACUGAUUCCACCUAAUGAGGGGAUUAAUCAGGAUGGCUUCGCCACGGAUCAGGAGAGGCUGCGUUACCAACAGGAGUACCAGGACUACCAGCAGAAGCUGGAGCAGCAGAAGCAGGAUUACCGGCAGCAGCAUCCGGACAAGCAGCAGCUUGAUGAUUGGAACGUGGAUGACAUUUUUGAGGCUCGUGAGAACCGGGAGCUGAGGCAGAUCUUCGACGGGCAGACGCAGAUUCACGACACGAUGCGCAAGCUUCAUCACAAGCUCGACGCCGUGCUCGGCAGACAGGAGAGCCUCAUGGCGAUGGUGUCGGGCCUCGGUGGCGCAGUUCAGCCAGGAGUGCCACAUCAGGGUGGGGGUCCCCCUGUCAUGAUAGACUCUAUCAAACGACAUGAAGUGGAUGCUAUUAUGACAACUCAGAGAGAAGCUGUGAAUUCCAUACAGCAGCUAAGGCAAGCCAUCUCGGAUGUACAGCAGCGAAUACCUAAUGUUGGGGGAGCUGGUCAGCCUUCGGACAGUGGUUCGCUGGACAGCGGUCACCACCAGGUGUUGUCCGAGAUUCGGGAAGGAGUAUCUGUAGUGAAGCGAGAUCUGUCUGCGAUGUCACAGCGAGGGGGAGCACAGUGUCCUCCACAACCUGACAUGCCAAAUUGUCUGACUCCAACAUACUUUUUCAUCAUGAUAGCGGGGCAUUUCUUCCUGUUAGUCGGAUACUUUAUGUACAGAAACAGUCAAGAAGCGAAAGCAAAGAAAUUCUUCUAACUUACAACUUACGAAGGUCAUAAAAAACUAGCCAAUUGUCUAUUUAAGGAUACAAAAACUUUGCUGUAUUCAAAAGUGACUAAAAGUGAUUGAUUUCAUUCCAAUGAUGAUAACUUAAAUUUAAAUUAGCUAUAACUUAAAAUAAUACUUGGGAUAGUCAUGUUGGUUGGUGGAGGUGUGGAUUGCAAAAUCGUAUGCAAGGAAUCUCCAACAUAAUUUGCCCAUCCAGAAAGUUCCAUUGACAGACUUUCGAAUACGUCACGUAUGAUGUAAGAAUAUCUGACACCUUUCUGUAGUUUCUUCAUGUAUUGGUUGCAUAGGGAUGCUGAAAAGUAAUGGAGGCUGUGAAUUCUACUGUCAGCAACUGUUAAUUGCGGCGCACACUCACAGUUGCAUCGCUAAGAGUUGUUAGGAUGGCUAAAUCAGCAAUCCACGCCCCGAAUGCUACUGACAAUCGAAUGCUUGCAUACGGGUGUGACUGUUACACCAGUGUAGCAGUUGAACCCCCUCACCCUGCAUUUGCAUAUUAGUCUUCUCCAGUAGAGCCUCCAGUUUCCGCUUCGCCUACGAGACCUGUGCUGGAAGUUGAGCUUUCUAUCCACUAGAUGUCACUACAGAGACACACAAUGCUAUCCAGUGUCGAUGUUGCAUCUGACGUUGAUGUCAGUGUUCUAUGUUGCUGUAUAUUGGCUCAGGGUGUCUUAUUAUGUAAUGUUCCAAGCUGCUCAUUUAUGAAAGUUAUUUCACUAUGGUAAGAUGUUUUGCUAGCAGCGGAGUGUGAGAUAUGCGUGGAAGAUGAAUGCAUUUUGCAAGUGGAUGUCAGAUUGUUGCAAAGUUGGUCUUGCAGUUGGACUGUAUUCACCCCUGCAAUAUGUCCGUUUACCUAUUUAUUAAGAGAGUAAGAAUUUGAUAGUAUCUUUACUAUGGGCUAAACCAAAUGACUUUAUUCAAUUAGCCUUUGUGCAUAGUUCUGUUUAUAAUAUAGGUGAGUAUGUUGUUAGUAAGAGGAAAGUAAAAAGGUAAGAAGUUAAGUAGCUGAUUGGCUAUGCACAGAUAGCUUCUUUGUGUUACUUAGCUAGGAAAUGGCUAUUUUCGUAACAAUGUUUUUUUUCUGCAUAUUUUGCAGGAUCUGUGUUUUCUGUAAAUGCUACAUGUGUAAUGGUAAAUUUCUCUGAUAUCGUUGAAAUACGAGAAAUGUGGCUUCAAUCAUGCCUUUACAUUCGUAGGCUGCAUUUAGUGAAUCGUUGUUAUUAGUUUGUAAGAGCCUGUAAAGCUGACAUCUCUCGUUCGCGCAUCAGUGCGGCACGUACAUCAUUGAUACACGAAGUCAUUCCAAUAGCAUUGAAGAAAUGUAUGUACACGACAUUUUCUUAAAGUUAUGUAACAGUGUUGUAGUGAUUUCUCA